GGGGAGAGUUCUGUUCUUUCACUGCUCCAUCCGGGAACUUUCGAAUUAGCAUUGACAGCCGAAGCGCAACUUUUCCUCAGGCAAAGUGAAAUCAAGCCGCGGACUCGGACAAAAUAUAGUCCCCCUUAUUCCACUCAAAAUUAUCCAAAGAAAUAGAUACCGAUCGUUUUGGCCGGAUGCGUCGAUGUGCUAUUAUAUUUGAAGUGGAGCAGCCCAGGUACCGAAGUCUUUCCGCUGUCUUUGGAGCACUUUGCUCACUGGCGUAAAGUGAGUGAUGAGUCCUAUACCCAGCAAAGAAGCGAGAACUUGCUUUGCAGCCUGAGUAGUUCUUCUUUCGACUGUUAUUGUCGCUUUUAAAAAAAUCUUUAAUUCACUUAAACUUCACAUUGAUUGCAUCGAAAGUGGGAGAAAAGUGCUUUUGAAGUCGGAAAAUGGAACUACAGGGCCUGCAAGAGGCGCUGAAAGUAGAAAUCCAAUGUCAUCAGAAAGUAGUUGCACAGAUGAAGCAAGACCCACAGGAUGGAGAGCUUAAGAAACAACUACACGAAAGGCAAACAAGAAUAACAGCACUAAGCGAAAAACAAAAGCUGGCGGUAAGAAGUUGUCCUGUAGGAACGGCCAAGCCCUCUCCCUCAUCAAGCCGCCUAGCCAGAGCAUAGCCAUCUCCGUGGUGCCGGCCAAGGCUGCCGUUUCCAUGGUGACCGCACACAUUAACGGACAAAAGGCGGCGGGCUCGGAGCCGCUGCAGGCGUCCCCAUCAACCUCCAAACGGCAAGCAGAGUGGCGGUGGCCCCGGGGCCCCCCUUCAGCAGGAGGACCAGCGAGACGCCACUCUCCCAGAUGUUGGGAACCCUCACAGCAGUGCCCAUCAAGGUGCCUCAAGUCAGCUCUCUGUACAGGCUGGCAGGACGAGCGCCCACUGUGCUACCUCAGGUCAGGCCAAAGACCCAGAUCCCGGACAGCCUUCCCCACAGCCCGUUCCAGGAGCAGCAGAGCAGCCAGCCCCUCAGCCUGCAGAGAGCCACCGCCCUGGUCAGCCCCAAGAGCCAGGGGCCCGCCCUGCCCACCGCCAACAGCACCUUCAGCCCCAAACGCCUGCCCAACGGCCAGGGAGGGGACUCCUCGCCUCCCCCUCCCCCACCCCCCCUGCCCCCCCAGCUCCAGGCCCUGUCCGUAGGGGGGGGCGUGUCCCCCAGCACCGCGCCCCCACCCGCCGCCGCCACGUCCACGGGGCCGGGCGUGGCCUACGCCAUCGUCUCCGCCUCCCCGCCCGCUGGCGCCGGCGCCGCCGGGAACGGCCUGUCGGGCGCGGGCGAGGCGCUCAAGGUGCAGCCGCUGCUCUUCGGCGCCGACAAUAAGGUGAUAAUAAUCCAGCCUCAGACCCCCAGCAGCUUGCAGGGGUCCCCUGGCCCCCAGGUGGACAGCCCCUCACAGGAGACCAUGCCCACCCCCUCCCCCCCAGCCAGGAAGAAGGAUGAGGACCCAGAGAAAAUUGCCUUCAUGGUUGCCCUUGGCCUGGUCACCACCGAACACAUGGAGGAGCUUCAGACCAAGCGUCAGGAGAGGAAGAGGAGGAGCACAGCCAACCCGGCCUACAGCGGCAUGUUCGAGCCGGAGCGCAAACGCCUCACAUCGAAUUACCUGAACAACCCCCUCUUCCUGUCAGCGAGAGACACUGAGGAUCUGUGCUGGAAGGAGGACUUGGAGCAUGAGGACCACUGUGCCAUCUGCCAGGAGGACGGCGAGCUCCAGCCGUGCCACAACUGCACCCGCGCCUACCACCCGGACUGCCUGCAGCCGCCACUCCGCACCCCGCCCCGGGGGGCAUGGUACUGCCCCAAGUGCCAGAAGAAGGUUCUUAACAAGGAAAACAUGUCGUGGCCCCAGAACUUCGUCCAGUCCUACGUCACACACAAGACGGUGAGAGAGGAGGAGAAGAGGAGGCUGCUGAAGAGGAACAGCGAGCUGAAGAAGGACUGCUCCCAUCUGGAGGAGCAGGACAAGAGACUCAGUAAAUCCCUCACGAAAUGUAUGGAGCGACGGGAGUGUCUGAUGAGCCAGCAGAGAGACACGCAGUCGUCCCUGGAGCGCCUCAAGGCCCUCAUCAGGCUGAUCCAGCGCGACCAGAUGAUCCAGGUCACUAUGACGGCCACCACCACCACGGGAGCCUCCCUGCUGUCCCUGCCCUCCCUGCCUCCCUGGAUCAAGCCCACCAGCGCCGCCACCACGUCGCCCCCCGCAGGACCCUCCAUGCUACUGCAGAAGAGCCUGCCCCAGACCCAGACCCAGGGUAACAACUGAUCCAGAUGCCCCCCCCCCAUUCCCCUCCCCCCCCUCUACAGAGCACCUACCUGUGCUGCAGCAUCUUAGCCAAGUCAGCCGCCUGCCCGGCAGACGGCGCGGGUCACCUCACCGGACCAUCUUGACGACGAUGCUCUUUUUUGACAAGUCCGAGGUACCAUUGAAUAAUAUCUAACCAUAAGUUUUUUAUUGAGAGCCGAAUGAAGAUGAGAAAUCUAGAAAACGUACAAAAAAACCCAACUAAAACUAUAUCCUCCACUCGAUUCAUGACAAGUAUUUUUUAAACCCAACACCUACAGUGCUUACGAGAUUUAUUUUCUAAUUUAUGUUUUUUUUUACUAUUAUUUAUUAUUAUUCUUGGCCUUAAUGUAUUUAUGACAAAAAAUUGUUAGAUACAAAGUGCUGCCACAGCAAUAUGGAAAAGUUAUUCUGUGGGGCCCGAAAGAUUUUUUUGUGCAGUUUUUACAGGUAUAAUUAUUGUUCUGCGUAUAGUGAGAGAGAACAUUAGAGUAGUGGUAGUUACAAAGAAACAAUGGAAUUAUGAAACAAAGGUCUGUACAUUAAUAUAUUCGAGUAGUUUGGUUUGUUCUCAUUCUCCUAUGAACAAUGUUUGCCAUAAUAAUUCAGGUGAAAGCGGGGCGGGCGAAGCGUCAUUGUGUAUGUAUGUAAAAGCAUACGAGCCUUCAAACAAAAAGCAGAGAAUAACAUUUUUUCAGUAUUAAUAGAGUUAAAAUUCAAAGAAAAAGUAUUUAAGAUAACUACAGAAUUUAGCCUUUCUAGAGGAGAAUUUAGUAUUUUUCAUGCCGAUGCCUGUCGAUUGAAACCGUGAGUGGUGGUAAAAACCCAGGAGAGGAACUGUACAUAUGUUGUGUUAUUAUCGCAGGUUUCUGUUUUUACUGGACUCACAACUACCCGAGGUGUUGCUUUAUAUUCCGAUGCACUCAAAAGCGGACAUUUUGAAGGGCCAUUUGAGUUCCUGUACUUGUGGGAUCCCACCAUUAGUUUCCCCUACCCUCUACCUGUCACCAGUAUAGAAAAUAUGCCAAAAAACCUUACAUUUUUGUACUGGGAACUCCAUCUAUCAAAUAUGUCUAUGAUACUUUCCCUGCCUGAUUUUUUUUAUAUAUAGAUAUAUAUAGCUUUUGCUUUCACACUUUUUUAUUUUUUACUCAUGUGAGGUUCUUUCAUGACUUGACAUUUUACAGAGAUGAGCCUGCUAAUUCUGUCCUGGAGAAGUCUGUUAGACGGUACAAAUGAACACUGCCUCAAGUUCAAGUAGAUCAAUCCAGGGUUUCUUUCUUAUAGCAUUUUAUAAACACACACCCGUCAGCUGGAAUAGGGACAGCUCGGUCUGAGUUACCCGUCUUUCUAUAGUUAGUCUUCCUGCUGCUUCACAUAGACUUCUAGUCAGAAACACGAUUAGUUUUCUUUUUUCUUAAACCGCUAUCAUGAUUUGUCUCGUUUUUAUCAAACGAUGGGUUUGCUGAACCUCUCACUGCAACCUGUAGAUGCACACAAUCGAACAAAUAUGAGAGAGAAUAAUUUGGAGUACGGAUACAUUUCAUAUCAGACAUUUUAGCACACAGACAGUACUGAACGGAAUUGGGCCUGGUUUCUUUGGAAUGACCACAGGCAGACAAAAGAACAGCCAGUUUAGAGAACAGAAAAUACUGGACUAAUUGAUCAAUGCUGUUCUGGCCAGAGGCUCUGGUUGAAAUAAUCCAAUUCAGUUAAGCAAUAUGACGCUGGGUUUUGUCUAUUCCGUCUAAGAUCAUAACACAAACCAGUCGUUCGAGAUACAGGAAGUUAAAGGAACCUUGGAUGAGAUCAGUUGUGUUUAAGUAGACGCUCUUGGCCUGGCGAGUUCACAGACUGAGGGCUAUAUGGAGAAGUCACCCUGUCAAACAACAAACCUAAACCGUUCAUCAAGAACAAACUGUUCAGUCAGCAUCUACAGAAUCACAAACAGAGGGCUCUAUCAAUAAAUAGCUUACGUGAUCAUAUCAAGUUUUGCCUUGCCAAAUGAACAAAAAACAUGGUUUGACUCAUUGGGAGUGGUAAGUGAAUGAUGAGGGCAGAGUAGGGCAGAUUGUGCUGGCAUUGGGCACGAGGAUAUUUCCGUGUCGGCAGUCGUGUCUGGAAGGGCUGUCAGUAGCAGCGUGGCAGGCAGAGCUAGGGCACUUGCACGUAGGGGCGGCACGUACCGUACCACCCAAUGCCAGAAUGUACACCAUUUGUCGCAUAUCAGGCCCUUCCUAGCACGUAGCACUGCACACUGGCGGGAACGGGGAUCAGUCCAUGGCACAGUGCAUGAGCUGUAGUAGCAGAACAACUCGGUAUGAAGUCAAUAUCUGAUCGAAGGAUGUGCAAAAUGAGAACCAUAUCGCUAGUGCUUAGUGUUGCAUCCCUCCCACCCCCCCAUCAUCUAAAUAUGUUGCCUCCGACCUCCUUCGCCCAUUUCCAGAACCUUCUCCGGGAGUAACUGUGCAGUGCAUAUUAUACAGAUCUAUUUUAAUACACUCGACACAAACGUUUGAACAAAUGAGAUGAAGUUCCGUUUUUUUUAUAUUCCUUUAACAAUGAACAAAAAAAAUAAACAAACAUUGGAUUUUUUUUUUAUUGUUUGCCAAUUAUGCAUUCUUAGCUUGCGAUUGGUCAAAAUAUUAUUUUUCCAUGAGGGGGCGGUAGCAAGGGAGAGAGAAGACUACACAAUACUUUUAGAUCGCUAAGGAGACGUCUGUUGAAGUAGUGUUUAUUUUUUCUUUGUCAUUAACAAGGGGACUGCCCGGUGGAUAGUGUGUAUAGAAAAGUGUUUGUCUUACAUAUGCCAAUGUAGUUUUUCUUCUUUAUGAUGCAUUAAAAGUUGAUUGAUGGAAGUUGGUAAAUGGUAAAGAGUAGUCUCACUUUUUUGUACCAAGUUCUUAUGAAAAGUUUAAUCAUUAAUAAACAAAAUUCCAGAACAAA